AUGUGGCAGCUCUACAUUCCGCAUUGUGUGUCCAAGCUCUCCCAUUUGCUCCAAACUGUGAGAAACUCCAACAAGCCCAAGACCCACACAUUCAUAUGGAGAUUUGGGAGUAUAAAUAGAGGAGAUGCAGCCAGUACAAAUCAGACUCACUCUACACAGAGAGAUCUACAGCACAGAGACACAGCCAUGGCACCAACCAUCACUUCAGCACUGAACAUCUCAAAUGAGAAGCUACCUCUGAACAACAAGCUGAGGAAGCCGAUGGUGGAGAAGAUGCGCAGAGAUCGUAUCAACCAACAGCCUGACUCUAAACUGGAGAAAGGAGAUAUUGUGGAGAUGACAGUCAGCUUCCUGAGAUGUGAACAGCAACAGCAGCAGCCUGCAUUCUUCUCCAGCUCAGCAGUUGCCAAUCAAGGCUUCUCCAGAUGUGUCCGUAACGUUGUCCACUUGUUGUCCAAAGAAGAGGUGAGGACACAGAGCCAGAGAAAACUGCUGAACCACUUCCAGAACCUGCAGCCAUCUUCAGAUGAGAUCAGGAGGGAAAGUGUUCUGGCUCAGCUGAGCUCUACAGAGCAGCAGAUCAUCAGCAAAGAGAAGACAUCAGUUAAGAGCUCCCUCUGGAGGCCCUGGUAA